UCGACCUCACACGGCGUUAGCGGCUUUCUUACUCGAAGACAUUCUACUGGGGAUGGCAAUGCUCAAAACAACUUAGUACUUCCAUCUUACCCACCUACAACACCUGAGCAUGAUUGUCGACAUUUCAAUGCACCCGAAGGAACAUAUACACUUGGACAUUCCAUCUUUGUCAAUUCAAUGCAACCCUUAUAUUCAGUUGGAACCACCGCCACUUUAGUGUCCAUAAAAUAUAAAGAAGCGAUCUCGAAUAAUUUGCAGCGUUAUGAACCACAGCCUGGAGCUCGUAGUUUCAGACGGAUGUUUGGCAAUGGCCACACCCCUUCCACUUCCAAUACAGACUCUGAUGAGGAACAUGUUUUUCGAACCCCAUCACUUUCAAGUUCUUCUUCAAGUCAUAAGAACAAUAUUGGUACUCCUUUGUCACACUCUAUUCCAGAAGAACAGAUAGCAAUA